AUGUCACUCCCUCGGCUACUUCGUGCUCCCUGCGCAGCACGUGCUCUCACAAAACCCACGUUCAAGCGGGACUCUACCGUCCGGCUACUGCCCACAUAUAAAAGCUUCUCGACAUCGCGGAGAAGACAAGAUAGCUGGAUCCUUGACGAUGGAACAUCCUCCAAGUUACCGGGCAUUGACCCAAGCAAACUGGAGGUGACCAAGACGAUUACCCCCAAAGAGCUCGUCCCCAAUAAAGAUCUUGUCUUUGGGCGGACCUUCACUGAUCAUAUGCUCUCGAUUGAAUGGACUGCCUCUGACGGCUGGCAAGCUCCUCGGAUAACCCCCUAUCAAAACCUCUCACUAGACCCGGCGACCUGCGUCUUCCACUAUGCGUUCGAAUGCUUCGAGGGUAUGAAAGCAUACAAAUGCCCACACGACGGCUCGCUACGGCUGUUCCGACCGGACAAGAACAUGGCGCGGCUCAACAAAUCUGCCGCUCGGAUUGCACUGCCCACAUUCGAUGGGGACAAGCUCACCGAGUUGAUUGGAAAACUGGCCAAAUUGGACGAACGCUUCAUCCCGUCUGAGAAGGGUUAUUCGUUAUACAUCCGACCGACGCUGAUUGGCACACAGCGCACACUAGGCGUUGGCCCACCAGGGUCGGCGCUGCUUUUCGUGAUCGCAUCGCCCGUUGGACCCUACUAUCCUACGGGCUUCAAAGCCAUCUCGCUAGAGGCAACCGACUAUGCCGUCCGAGCCUGGCCGGGAGGCGUGGGCGACAAGAAACUUGGGGCCAACUACGCGCCGGGCAUUGUGCCGCAACUGCAGGCGGCCAAGAAGGGACUGCACCAGAACCUCUGGCUCUUUGGGCCGGAGCAAAACAUCACCGAGGUGGGCACGAUGAACCUAUUCGUCUGCAUCAAGAACAAGGAGACUGGCCAGAAGGAACUGCUGACGGCGCCGCUCGACGGCACGAUUCUGGAAGGUGUGACGCGAGACUCGGUCCUGGCUCUUGCGCGCGAGAGGCUGGUGCCUGAAGGCUGGAAGGUGGAGGAGCGGUACGUCAAGAUGCAAGAACUUGCUGACGCCGAGAGCGAGGGCCGUCUGGUCGAAGUGUUCGGCGCCGGUACCGCGGCCAUCGUGGCGCCAGUGAGGAAGAUUGUCUGGAAGGACCGCACCGUCGACUGCGGUUUGAAGGAGACGGAGGAGGCCGGCGAGGUGGCGUUGAAGAUGAAGGACUGGAUGGAAGCCAUCCAGUACGGCGAUGAAGCGAGCCCUUGGAGUGUAAAGAUUGCUUGA